UCUUCUUCCCCCGCCACGCGCUCCUUUUUUUUUCGUACUUGCUCUCCGCCAUCGCGGGCGGCCAAGCGAUGGCAAUCCGCUCUCGCUUUCCCUCCUUUCGCCGCCUCUCCACCGCUGUCUCCGCUGCCGGCCCGCUCCUUUGGAGCCACGCCGGAGAGGAAACCGCCACACCGUCAGCGACCGUCCAAAUCCUAUCGUGGGGCCGGGGCAGCUCCGGCCAGCUUGGCGGCGGCAAGGAGGAGAUCCGCUUUUACCCCUCCCCCGUGGCUUCUCUCCGCCUCCCGGCGGACUUCCGCCUCGUCCCCGUCCAAGGCCGCCUCCCGCUUCCUCCUCCUCCUCCGUCGCAGGGGUCGGCUACUGCCGCUGCCUCCGUUGAGGUUGGGAUCUCCUGUGGGCUGUUCCACUCCGCCUUGCUCGUGGACGGGAGGUUCUGGAUCUGGGGCAAGGGUGAUGGUGGCAGGCUUGGUUUUGGUGAUGAGAGCUCCGUCUUCGUCCCGAUGCUCAACCCUAAUCUUGAUGGUGUUCGGAGUAUUUCGCUUGGUGGAAUCCACUCUACCGCCCUCACCCGGUCUGGUGAGAGUCACAUGACUGCUCAAUUGGCUGGAGUUUGCAGGGGUUAUGGUGGGUUUGGAGCUCUUGGGCACUCUGUUUAUCACAGGGAACUAUUGCCUAGAGUUGUGAAUGGUUCUUGGAAGGGACGCAUAUCCCAUCUUGCUACGAGUGGAGCCCAUACUGCAGCACUUACUGAUUCUGGUGAGCUUUAUACUUGGGGCCGUGAUGAAGGAGACGGUAGAUUGGGCCUUGGUAGCGGCGGUGGUCCAGGUGAGGGGGGUUCUCUUGGAACCCCAUCCAAAGUGAAUGCACUACCUGUGCCUGCUGCAGCAAUCUCUUGUGGUGGAUUUUUCACAAUGGCACUGACUUCAGAUGGCCAAGUAUGGAGUUGGGGAGCAAAUUCAAAUUUUGAACUAGGAAGGGGUGAUAGAACAAGUGAUUGGAAGCCACAACCUAUUCCUAGCCUCAAAGAUGUUCGUAUCAUUCAGAUAGCUAGUGGUGGUUAUCAUUCUUUAGCUUUAACAGAUAAUGGCAAAGUUCUUUCAUGGGGCCAUGGUGGUCAUGGUCAAUUGGGUCAUCAUUCUAUUCAAAACCAGGGAGUUCCUCUUGUCAUUGAAGCUUUGGCUCAGGAAAAUAUCGUCUUUAUAGCAUGUGGAGGUUCAUCUUCAGCUGCUGUUACAGACACAGGGAAGUUAUACAUGUGGGGAAAUGCAAGGGAUUGUCAACUAGGUGUUCCUGGGCUACUGGAUGUUCAACCUUUGCCCAUUGAAGUGAAGUUCCUUAUGGAGGAUAAAGAAUUGGGCCCACAUCAUGUUAUUUCUGUUGCUGUUGGUGCAUCACAUGCCAUGUGCUUGGUUGUGAGACAAAAUACCACUUGCUAGAAGAUUUGCCAUCCAGAUUGCACCAAACACCUCUAUUUAAGACGCCACAGCUGUUCAUGAACAUCCUAGCUGAGAUUGCAGAGGAAGUUGGUGAUUCGUUAAAAUCCAAUCCAAGAAGUGCUCCCAUCCAUGGCAAAUAAAUUGGGAGGAAGAAUCCUGGUGAGGAAGAGUCCAUACAUAUUCGAGUAAUCAGCUGCAAUUGAUGUUUGAUGAGACAAAGUAGAAACUGCAUAUAUAGUGCUGAUAGUGUUGAUGCGUACUUUGGACACCUCCAUGGCUCUUAACAAGGAACGGCGAACCAAAUGUUGCAGAUAUGAUAGGAGGAGAAUUCUUAUGGUUUCAUUUUGAUAUAUAUAUAUAUAUAUA